AUGGAGCUUCACGCUGUCAUCGCGAGGCAGAACGCCCCUCAAAUUUUCACCAUCGGCCCCAACGAGCCGCCCUUCAGCAGCACCUCCCUCACGGCCAACCUCGUCACGCGCGUCGCCCUUGCCGUCGUCGCCAACCUUGUCUGCCUCGUGCCGCUUCGCCUCCUCUACCGCAACGGCGAGUUCGCUGCUACCGUCCUCAUCGUCGUCAUAGAAGUCAAGAACGUCUUCACUAUCCUCAUGGCGCUGCUUUGGCAAACCGACGACGUUGAGGCGUGGUGGCCUGGCUACGGCCUCUGCGACGCCGAGCCCUUCGUAUACAACGGUUGCGCUGGUGUCUUCGUCACUUGUCUGCUCGCCAUAAUGCGCAACCUCGCGCACCAGGUUGGCGUCAUGCGCGCGAACCCAAUGACGGUCCGCGAGAGGAGGCGCCGCAACCUGAUACAGGCGCUUAUCAUCUUCCCGCUGCCACUGGUGCAGUUGGCAUUCACAUGGCCGCUUACUGCUCGACGCUAUGCCGUCGGUACGUUGAUGGGAUGCAGUUGGGUGCCGUCUUCUACUUGGCCGUUUCUGGUCUUCUUUGUAAUCGCUCAGCUAGUGAUUUCCGUCGUCGCUGCCAUCUACGCAGUUAUAACUUUCUUUCGCUUCCGUCAAGUUACCAAAACCACUAUUUCGGCCCUCGGCAGCAACCGCGCUGCGUUCCUACGAAGCCAAAGGAGCAAACAUCGUUUAUACCUCGUGGUUGUAUCCAUUCUCGUUCCUUUCCUACCCAUAUCCGUCACUCUGUGCGUUAUCAACGUUCAAACCAUGGGAGCCCUAGAGCCCUUCGAUUUCCACGCCAUCCACUACUCGCCAACGUCAUCGCCGCCAUGGGGCUCCAUCGUCUACAUCCCCAGUCACCUCAACAACUUUGGCAGCCUCAACAACGGAUACAUCUCCAUCCUAACUGCCAUCCCCAUCUUCCUCUUCUUCGGCAUGACUAAGGACGCAAUGAACUCGUAUCGCGCCGUCUUACUCCAUGUGGGAUUUGGCAAGAUUUGGCCGGAUCUACACAACGAGUACGAUCCGGACAGAAAGGCGAUGCAGGCGGCCGCGUCGGCCGGAUACAUAACUCGUGUCUCUGCAAAAACGAAGAUGUCGCAGACCUCUUCCCACUACAAGCUCACAGCCCAUGCCAGCAUCUCGUCCGGCGACAGCAUCACGGGUGUCACGAGCCUCUCCCAUCUACUCACACCGCGCCUCGCGGCCUCCCUCCGCGGCAGCCCCUACAGCGACUAUCCCAUUGUGCCGCCGCCGGCGUCGAGAUGGAUGAGCCGUCUACCCCGAAACCCAUUCCCCUUCCGAAACAAGACGGACGGAAUACAGCUCGCUCCUUCCCCACCCUCAUCACAUCCCCCGAGGCUGCCUCCCCUCGACACCCAUGCGUCUGAGUUUGUUUUCACUUCAGAGCCGAAACGACGAUAA